AUGGAGACGACGGUGCUGAGUGUUGGCAAGUCCGUACUGAACGGAGCGGUUCGGUACGCCCAAUCUGCCAUCGCGGAGGAGGUGGCCCUGCAGCUUGGAGUCCGGCGUGAUCAGGUCUUCAUCACCAAUGAGCUUGAGAUGAUGCAGGCCUUUCUCAUGGCCGCAAAUGACGAAGGAGACGGCGACAGCAAGGUGGUCAGGGUCUGGGUGAAGCAAGUCCGUGACCUUGCCUACGAUGUUGAGGACUCCCUCCAGGAUUUCGCAGUCCGCCUAGAGAAGCAGCCCUGGUGGCGUAUCCUUCUGAAGGAUCGGCGCCAGGUGGCGAAGCAAAUGAAGGGGCUCAGAGCUAAUGUUGAAGAUGUCAGCCAGAGGAAUAUGCGCUACCACCUUAUCAAGGGCUCUGCAGGCUCUAAUCCUGCCAGCACCGAUGGGCAGUCUGCCAUCACCGGUGCCAUGACAAUGUCUAGCACAGAGGAUGCAAGGCGGCAGAGGGAGAAGGCAAAAGCAGAUCUUGUUCAACUGAUAAGGAAGAUGGAUGACCGCCUUCGAGUGAUAGCGGUGUGGGGAACAAGUACUGAUGUUGGGGAAACGUCCGUCAUAAAAAGAGCCUUUGAAGAUCUGAAGAAACACAACAGGUUUGAUUGCCAUGCUUGGAUCAAGUUGAUGUGCCCUUUUAAUUCAGUAGAGUUCAUGCGAAGCAUUAUCAGGCAAUUCUAUAUCGACCUUCUGCAAGACCCAGUAGAAAAUAUGGAUGCCCAAGUACUGAGGGGAAUGGGAAUGAAGAAGGAGAAUGAUUUGGUUGACGAGUUCAAGUCUUAUUUGAAUGAUAAGAGUUACCUAAUUGUGAUUGAUGGCAUGUCUACCACUGAAGAGUGGGAUCAAAUUAAACCAUGCUUUCCCAAUAACAAGAGAGGAAGCCGGAUUAUAGUGUCAACAAAGCAAGUUGAAGUUGCAAGCUUAUGCGCAGGGCCACAGAACGUAGCACCAGAGCACAAGCAGUUCUCCAUUGACCAGAAUACUCUUUAUGCUUUCUUUGAGAAGGGUUCUCAAGAUGGAGAUUCGACGGAGGUUGGGUCUAGCAGCACAAAUUCAACCACCACCGCUAGUCACAUCUUGGUGAAUAACAAGAUACUCACUCGCAUGGAGACAACGCUAGCAGCAUUUAAGGAAUUUCAGCUCAUCGGGCGAGAGAAAGAAAAAUCAGAGAUUAUCCAACUAGUCACAAAUGGAGAUGGCUGCCAAUUUGAGGUGAUCUCUGUGUGUGGAAUGGGUGGUCUUGGAAAAACCACAGUAGUGAGAGAUGUUUAUCAAAGCCAAGAGCUCAGAGGCAAGUUUGAGAAGUGUGCUUGUGUUACAAUUAUGCGUCCUUUCAAUUGUGAUGAACUCCUCAAGAACUUAGCUGGGCAGUUUGGAUAUGAGGAUGUGGCAGAUAUGGUCAGACAUUUAGAAGGAAAGAAAUGUUUGAUUGUUCUAGAUGAUCUAUCAUCCACGAGAGAAUGGGAUGCAAUCAUCCCACAUUUUACUGCAUUGGAAACAUCAAGCCGGAUCAUAGUCACCACAAGGGUAGAGGAUAUUGGUAAACAUUGUUCAAAGAAACGUAAAAAUAUAUACAAGCUCCAAGGUCUGGAACUCAAUGAUGCACAUGACCUCUUCAUACAAAAGGUUUUUGACAAGACUAUGGAUUUGGAUGAGCAGUAUCCUGAGUUGGUUGAACAAACAAAUAUGAUUUUAAAGAAAUGCAAGGGACUUCCCCUUGCAAUAGUCACCAUAGGUGGUUUCCUGGCAAACCAGCCAAAAACAGCCUUGGAGUGGAAGAAACUGAAUGAGCAUAUUAGUGCUGCAGAGUUACAGAUGAAUCCAGAGCUUGAGGCCAUCAUAACAGUCCUUAAUAAAAGUUAUGAUGGUUUACCAUAUCAUCUCAAGUCUUGUUUCUUGUAUCUUUCCAUCUUUCCUGAGGACUAUAACAUUAAGCUCAAACGUUUGUUGCGGCGGUGGAUUGCUGAAGGUUACCCAGGUGUAGUGCGUAACAAGUCUACAGAGGAAGUAGCAGAGAGCUACUUCAUGGACCUCAUAAGCAGGAGCAUGCUUUUGCCAUCCCAAAGAUCAAUUUGUGAUGGAAAAAGGAUUGGCUCCUGCCAAGUCCAUGAUCUCAUCCGUGAAAUCGGCAUCUCAAAGUCGAUGGAAGGAAAUCUUGUUCUUAGAUUGGAGGAAGGUUGCAGCUUAAACACCCAGGGCACAGCACGCCACCUUGCUAUAAGCAGCAACUGGGAGAGAGAUCAGAGUGCAUUCGAGAGCAUAGUGGACAUGUCCCGUGUACGUUCAAUAACGGUGUUUGGAGAAUGGAAGCCAUUUUUCCUUUCUGACAAGAUGCGGCUUCUGCGAGUGCUGGACUUGGAAGACACGACAGGUCUAGUUAAUCAUCACCUUGAGCAUAUCGGGAAAUUUCUUCACCUAAGAUACCUUUCGCUAAGAGGAUGUGAAUCUAUCUGUCACCUGCCAGAUACAUUAGGUAACUUGAGGCAACUGGAGACACUAGAUAUCAGAGGUACCUCCAUUGUGAUGCUACCACAAACGAUCAUCAAGCUUCAGAAGCUACAACAUCUCCAUGCUGGGUUUCCAACAAAAGGAAAUUAUUUAUGUACAAGGCAUCUGCUGCACACGUAUGGCUUCAACCAGCUUGAUGCAUGCACUUCUUUAUGCUGUGGUGCCGCAACUCCUUGUAUCAUGAUGGACAAAGAUUAUGGUGGUGUUGUGUUGCCAGGAGGGGCCAGGAAACUGAAAUCCCUGCACACUAUAAGGGGUGUGCACGUUGCAUAUGGAGAUGCCGUUAUACAGGAGAUUGGAAGACUCAGCGGGCUACGCAAGUUAGGAGUGAUGGGCAUCAAUGAGAAAAAUGAUGUAAAGUUUUGUUCAGCCAUUUCCAAUCUUAGCCGCCUAGAGUCAUUAUCAGUGCAGUCAGACAAGGGAUGCCUAGAUGACAUCACCUCGCCUCCGAAGAACCUCCGGAGCCUCAAACUGGAGGGCCGCCUGGGCGUAUUGCCAGAGUGGAUCAAGAAGCUUCAGAAUCUUGUGAAGUUAAAGCUGAGCUUCACAACAUCUAGCCAGGUUGAGCAGGACGCUGCUAUGGAAGUCCUGGGACAUCUGCCAAACCUAUCCAUUCUCCGACUGCCGGGGUGUUCAUUCAAGGGUGGAGAGCUCCAUUUCCAAAAGGAUGCUUUCAGAAGCAUUGUGGUAUUUGAUGUCGAAGGCUUAGGGGGGAUCAAGUCGGUGAACUUUGACCAAGGAGCAAUGCCUGAACUCGAGCAGCUCAAGGUCACCGAUGCUUGUAAAAGAGGUGGAAUUGGGUUCUUUGGGCUGGAUAUCCUCCCAAGCAUCAAGGAAGUCUUGCUCAGUGUUCAUUUCAAGAUGGACCGUGCUGGGACGGAGUUAGAGAGGGAAGCACGGCUCAAGGAGCAGUUCCGGACCCAGCUUGCUAGAAAUCCAAAGAAACCCAUUCUAAAGAUGGAAUGA